UUCCUGAUAUUUUUAUUAUAUUUUUUAAAAUAAUUAUAUAAUAUAAUCAAUAAAUUAUAUUUCAUACAACAAUAUCGUGAUUUAUAAGAUUCCAAAUAUAAAUAAAAUAAUUAUGAAAAAAUACCACAAAUAAUUUAAAUCUUAAUUAAAAAUAGAACUGAAGAUGUUUUAAGAAAAAAAAUGUUCCAUUAUGAAAAACAUCAUGUUUAUGCUGGAUACACAAUUACCAAUAUUGAAUUGCUAUGUCAUAGGAUUUCUUUGCCUUCAGUUCACUUUCGCGUCAGAAGAAGAAGGCCGAUUAAUACGAGACUUGUUUAGAAAUUACAACAAAUUAAUCAGACCGGUUAGAAAUAGAACUGAACAUCUAAACGUACAAUUUGGACUUUCCUUAAUCCAAUUGAUCAAUGUCAAUGAACGUGAACAAAUUAUGAAAACCAAUGUUUGGCUUCAGCUUAAAUGGAAAGAUUAUCAACUAGCAUGGUCGACAACAGAUUAUGGUAACAUCAAGAAUAUUCAAAUACCGUAUUCUAUGAUAUGGACUCCGGAUAUCGUUUUGUUAAACAACGCCGAUGGCAAAUAUGAAGUCAGCACUAAAUGCAAUGUAGUCCUUAACAACGAAGGAGAAGUUUUAUGGGUGCCUCCAUCCAUUUACAAAAGUGGAUGUAUAAUCGACGUCAAAUAUUUUCCUUUCGACGAACAGCAAUGCAAAAUGAAAUUUGGAUCUUGGACCUUUAAUGGGGACGAGGUAGGAAUCUCAUUUUUCGAUUCAAAAGAUUACAUAGAUCUCACUGACUUUUCUAUCAGCGGUACUUGGGACGUUAUCAACGUUCCGGGCUACUUGAAUGUUAAUAACCGUACUAAACCUACAGUAACCGAUAUAACUUUCUAUCUGUACAUACGUAGGAAAACCUUAUUUUACACCAUGAAUCUCUUAGCGCCAUGUAUUAUGAUGUCUAUGCUAAGCGUAUUAGUGUUUUAUUUGCCACCCGACGGUAACGAAAAAAUAACGUUAGGCAUAUCUAUCCUACUGGCUAUAGUGCUGUUUCAACUUGUCGUUUCGAGAUUAUUGCCACCAACUUCGUUAACUAUCCCUUUGAUAGCCAAAUACUUGUUAUUCACAUUCGUUAUGAAUCUCAUAUGCGUUUUAUUGACUGUGAUAAUAGUUAAUUGGAAUUUCAGAGCUGCUAAAACUCAUCAGCUACCUAACUGGUUGCGAAUUAUUUUCGUUGAUGUAUUGCCUAAAUUUGUGUUUAUGAAAAGACCAGUACUUUUAAGACCAUCGAAAUCGGGCACUUACUCUUUCGAUUCUUCUGACAUAUCUUCACAUAAAGAAAAAUUUAGUCCCACAAGUUCUAAUUAUCGAUCAUAUAUAUCUUCUAAUUACGAUAAGUGUGACCUAAUCAAAAAUGAUUCAAACAUUUCGAAUAAAGAUAAACGGAAAAGAUACCAAACUUGCAAAAGCAUAUCUAAUAUAUAUGUUACAACUAAUUUAGAAGGGAAAAGUCAUGAAAAUAAAUAUUAUACGAUCGAUGAUACAUCCCAAUUUCAAAUUAAAUCAAAUGUAAUAGAUAAAAAGUUUCCUAUAUAUCAUGUUCACACACCUGAUCUAAAAUAUAAGGUUUCCGAUUAUUAUAAAACGCAGAUAAAGGCAGACAUGUACAAUAAUAGUGAAUGUGACCAUAUUCAUAAACAUCUCUAUACAACCGUAAAAAAAACUGGUCGAUCAUCUCCCCAAAAUGUUGAUAAAUCUUUGUCCAGCAAAUUAACUUCAAUUAAUAAACAUAAGCAUCCGUUAAAAUCAAUAAAUUUUCCAACUUCAAAAAAAAAAUUUAAUAAUAUGGCCAAAAUUAAUUUGCUCAAAUCAAGAGAUUCUUCGUUAGAACUAUCAGAUUUCCAUAAAAAUGUGUUGAAUUACCGAUUUGCAACCGGAGCCAAUGGACAACUUAUUAAACAAGAAAUAGAUACAGGAGUGUCCAAACAUCUCAAUUAUGAAAAUUUGAGAAUCCAAAAUCAGCAACAUUUUUUAACCGAUAGAGACCUUAAAGAAAUAGAAGAAAUAGCCAAAAUAGAGGAAGAGGAGAAUGAUAGUAAUAUGACUUUUAAGGAUUCGAAUAAUCACAAUUACCAAAUGAAUUCCUCGUCUAUUGACCUCAAUGUAUUUACAAAGUCUGAUAGUUUUCAGAAACCAGCAUCUAAGCAUGCUUCCUCAUAUAGUAGAACUAAAGUUAUUAAACAUAUUUCACCAAGAAGACAAUAUUGUAACUCAUCAUUAACUAAAGGUAUUAUUAUAAGACAGAAUAGCAUAGAUAUAGAAACGGAAGAUGAGGAAAAUUACAAAAUUAAAAACGAUAAAAUUCUUCUUCCUAAUAUAAGUUAUAUAUCCGUGGGUGAUCAAUAUAAAAAUAAUUCAGAUGGUUCAGGCGAUCACAUAUAUUUUUCAGCCAACAAAAAUAAUAAUAACAAUCAAGAUUUAGAAAAUAAAAAUGACGAAUUAAAUAAGGAAUGGGGGUACAGAAAUGACCAUUUUCCUAUAGAUAACAAUGUUCAUAUGAAUAACACAUUUGUUACAUUUUCAUCCAACCAACAACGUUUAAAACUAACCCCAACUGAAUAUCAAUCAUACCUAACCAAAUCCAAACAUAAAAAUGCCGCUCCCAGCAAAAUAUUGAAUGCCAACAAUUAUGGUAAAUUUGGGGAUACAACAAUUCAUAAGUCUGAUAAAAAAUUAUAUGUUCAAAAAAAUCCGAAUAAAGCUCAAAAUCAACCAACAACUAGUCGCCUAUCAAAUCAUGAUAUGCAUUCUAACAAUAUCAAAAGUGUUACAAAACAACUUAAAGAUUCUAACAAGUUCAGCCAAUUUUACCAGUCGAAACAAUCAAAUAGGCAUGCUAGUUUUCCGCCCAGAAUAAUGAAUGGAACUGCCAAAGAUGUGAUAUUCAUUGCUAAACAUUUAAAAAUUCAAGACGAAAAUAACAUAGAAAGAGAAGAUUGGAAAUAUAUAGCCAUCGUUAUUGACCGAAUUUUGUUAUAUAUCUUUAUCAUUGUGACUCUGGGGGGUACUUUAGGCAUCAUUAUUGAUGCCCCUCAUAUAUUUGAACAUGUGGAUCAACAAGAAAGAAUUUUAUUUUUAACCAAAAGGACAUAAUUGUUUUCAAUCUAAUUUUAAUUUCGAAAUGCAAAAAAUUAUCAUGGUGUGUAAAUAUAAGUAGUAAUACAUAUACUUUUAACAUAAUAAUUUAUUGAUAAAAAGGCAUCGUUUCUUUUAUUUUGUGCGUUGAACAAUUAUGACAAUUAUUUAUAAUUGUAGUCAUUAUGUAUAAUUAAUCUAUCAUUAGUUUUGUU